GAAACAUGGGCCAUGGCAAUAAGCAAGACGCAGAUUUCCCAAUGGAAUGACCCCAUUUGCCUCCUCUUUAUCACAAACUACAGUGUUCACUGCUUCUAAAUUUCUAAUUUCAAUUCCUUGAUUUUCUCAUCUUCACACGUUUUCUUGUUCCUUGUUCAUAGUAUCUGGCACCUCCCCAUUGGAUCACACCAUUUUCAAUCUAAACCAGCAAUUAUUAUUUUCUUCCUAUAGUCUCUCGAUGUUUCUCACUCCUUUCAAGAAUAAAAUAAAAAGUAGAAUCUCUACUUUCUCUUUUGACAGGCACUAUUAAUUCGUAUUGCACUUUGUUAUAUAUGUUUUACUUUUCUUAAACGCAGUUAGUUUUUACUUUGAUUCUCUUAUAGUUUUUCUUAUAGAUUUUCUCAUUCAAUCUCACAUCUAAAAUUCUGAACCACUAGUUCUUCACAAACAUCUAAACAUGGCAAGGUACCAUGAUCAGUACUACUACUUGUGGGAGUAUUUGUCUUUUCCUCUCCACCUUGUGUUCUUCGUGUUGAUCCUUUUCUUCGUGCUGGCGUUCUCCUGGUACAUAAACUACGAGUCCUUGUUCGAGGACUUGCUUGUGCAGGUGAAGAUCUUUCUGGCUCUGGUUCCACUGCUGUUGCUGCUGGUCGUUCACUGCCUCUCAAGUGGAGCCUCGUUCCCAAUACCGUUGCCAGAAGAGAGAGAGUCGCUUCACAGAGCUGGAGGGUCUCCAUGGGGAGUGGCACUGUUGCUUCUCUUUGUCUUGUUCAUGAUGGCUUACCAAUCUUCCUUCCACCAACGUUGGUUUCCUUUGGCUACAAGAUGAGAUGAUCACUGUUUCUGUCAAGAGGUAUUGUAACACAGAGAACUUAGUCUGAGAUCAUUUUUCUCAUAUAUCAGUUAAUUUUCCUGUUGGUAUCCAUAGUCCAGUGAGUUAUAUAUAGCUACAAUAGGUUACAUUUGCACGACUAUAUGGCAAAUUUUGAAGCAGCUUCAUGCAAGGUUGUAUGUAAGAUUAAAUGGGCUAUGCUAUUUUCUUAUGAUGUGUUUUAGUUCUAGAUAAAUUAUUACUCCAUAACUCCAACUUUA